GCCGGCCCUCUCUCUCUCUCUCUCUCUCUCGUUCACUCUGUGUCUGUGUCUCUGUCUGUCAGCAGAUCAUGUCCUUCAUUCAAGUGGAAGCAAAUUCAGAUUUUCCCAUUCAGAACCUCCCGUACGGAGUGUUCUCCACACAAGAUGAGCCCAGGCAUCGGAUAGGAGUUGCAAUUGGUGAUCAAAUCUUAGAUCUAAGUGUCAUCAAACAUUUAUUUACUGGGCCUUUUAUAUCCGGCAAUCAAGAUGUUUUUAACCAGCCGGUCCUCAACAACUUUAUGUCCCUGGGGCCCAAUGCAUGGCGGGAGGUGCGACAGUUUCUCCAGAAGUUGCUAUCAGCAUCAGAACCCUUGCUAAGGGACAAUGCGGAGUUGCGAUCCAGGGCAUUUGUAUCACAAGCUAAGGCAACCCUUCAUCUUCCAGCAAAUAUUGGGGAUUACACAGACUUCUACUCCUCCAGAGAUCAUGCUACAAAUGUAGGCAUUAUGUUCAGAGGGAAGGACAAUGCUUUGAUGCCAAACUGGCUUCACCUUCCAGUGGGAUAUCAUGGCCGAGCAUCCUCAGUGGUGGUAUCAGGAACUCCAGUGCGUAGGCCAAUGGGGCAAGUUCGACCAAAUGAUGACAAGCCCCCAGAAUUUGAGGCCAGCAAGCUUCUGGACAUUGAGUUGGAAAUGGCAUUCUUUGUGGGUCCGGGAAACCCAUUAGGAAAACCCAUUCCAAUUCAUAAAGCUGACGAGCACAUCUUCGGGAUGGUACUGAUGAAUGACUGGAGCGCCAGAGACAUCCAAAAGUGGGAAUAUGUUCCACUUGGGCCAUUUCUAAGUAAGAAUUUUUCAACCACAAUCUCUCCCUGGGUUGUACCGAUGGAAGCCCUGAUGCCAUUUGUUCUGCCUAAUACAGUGCAGGAUCCUCUGCCACUGCCUUACCUUCGGGAUAACACCAAUUACACAUUUGAUAUCAACCUGUGCGUCUGCCUUCAAGGAAAAGGAAUGAAGAAUCCAGUUUCAAUAUGUAAAUCUAACUUUAAGUACAUGUACUGGACAAUGAAGCAGCAGCUGGCUCACCACACUGUCACUGGCUGCAACGUACGACCUGGAGACCUCCUAGCGUCUGGGACUAUAAGUGGCCCGGACCCUGGAAGCUUUGGCUCAAUGCUAGAAUUGUCAUGGAGGGGAACCAAACCUAUAGAUCUUGGAGAUGGACACAAGAGGACAUUCCUGCAAGAUGGGGACACUGUGAUUAUAGAAGGUUACUGCCAAGGAGAGGGCUAUCGUGUUGGAUUUGGGACUUGCACUGGGACAGUGCUUCCAGCUGUUCCCCUCACUGACUAAAAUAAUCCGCACACUCAGAGGUUGCAGAGACUAAAAGUUUGAAGCCAAUGGACUCAAUUAUGUAUGAAUAAAAUAAAAAAAACAAUAAUUAUACAUUAUAAUAAGGGAACGCUAACUAAUAUUUGGGGAUUGUUGCUGAAAGAGAGUGCAGCAUUGUAUUCACAGACAGUGCUAUGUAAAUAAAAAUGUACAUUAUACAAACA